AUGGCACCUCAAUUGGCAUGGAUAGGCUUGGGGAAUAUGGGCCGCGGCAUAUGUAAGAAUCUGGUUGAGAAGGGCCAGCUGGACAAGCCUCUUAUCAUUUACAACCGUACGCAACAGCGAGCCAUUGACUUGAGCGAGUCGCUUCCACCUGGUAAAUCGACCGUUGCUUCUUCUGUCGAGGCAGCUGUGUCAAAAGCAGAUAUCAUUUUUACCUGUGUUGGCGAUGAUGCAGCCGUCAACGAGACAAUUGAUACAGCCCUUAAGGGUAAUGUAGAAGGGAAGCUAUUUGUUGAUUGCUCAACGGUGCACCCAGAUACUACAGAUGGACUAGCUAGGAAGUGCGAGGGGGCCGGCGCUGAAUUCGUCGCAUGUCCAGUGUUCGGGGCUCCCGCCAUGGCAACCAGCGGUCAGUUGAUAUGCGUGCUUGCUGGACCGGUAGCGAGUGUUGAAAAGGUUAAGCCGUACACUAAAGGUGUCAUGGGAAGAGCCAUAGUUGACUUUAGUGGACAAUCUUCUGGAAAGGCUACCCUCCUAAAAGUUAUUGGGAAUACAUUCAUUCUCAACAUGGUUGAGGCGCUGUCUGAGGGCCACGUCCUGGCUGAGACGUCUGGACUGGGAACCGACAACCUGCAUCAAUUCAUAGAGACAAUGUUCCCGGGUCCAUAUACUGCAUACUCAACCAGAAUGAUCUCGGGGGAUUACUACAAGCGAGAAGAGCCACUGUUUGCUGUUGAUCUCGCAAGGAAGGAUGCAAGGCAUGCUAUGGCUUUAGCUGAGGCUUCUGGUACCCGAAUGAAGAAUGUCGAGGUUGGGGAUGCUCAUCUGGAACAGGUGAAGAAACACCGGGGCGAAGCAGGCGAUAUUGCGGCGAUAUAUGGUGCAGUGAGACAGGAAGCAGGGCUUAAAUUCGAGAAUUAA